CUCUCUCUCUCCCUCACUCGCUCUCUCCCUCUCUCUCUCUCUCUCUCUCCCUCUCCCUCUCUCUCCCUCUCUCUCUCUCUCUCUCUCGCUCUCCCUCUCUCUCCCUCUCUCUCUCUCUCUCUCUCGCUCUCCCUCUCUGUCCCUCUCUCUCUCUGUCAGUGGAGUCCAGAGGACGGACGCUCGCUCUUCUCUUUUGGAGAUUCACUUCUGUCGUUGCUCUCCCUCCACGUCUGUAUUUUGUUCUCCUCUUUUUUUCGUUUUGUGGACACGUGGACGCUCUUCAUCUUCAUCAUCACCUGCAGCACCUUCAUCUUCAUCAUCACCUGCAGCACCUUCAUCGUCCACGCUUACACAGCCUCCUCCUCCUCCUCCUCCUCGGGACUCUGGCGGUGGGACUGUGUCCGGCUGAGGAUGGGAUGCUAGACACUGACUGAAAGUUGUAGUGUGUGUGUGUGUGUGUGUGUGUGUGUGUGUGUGUGUGUGUGUGUGUGUGUUGUCCUGUAGUGUGGCUCUGAUUGGCUGAUUGAUUUACACACAGCGAGACUCAAAGUUUACAUCCCACUCAUGAGUUCUUUCCAUCGUCACCAUAGCGACCGGCGACCUUGGUGGCAGCCACAGUUUCUUCAACAUGUUUUGAGACUUUUGAUCUCAGUGUAUAUAUAAAGUGUGUGUGUGGAGAGAGAGCUUGUUACCGUAGCAACCAGGAUGCAGGUGUCCAUAGCAUGUAACGUUGGUGGGGGUGGCGGCGGCGGGGGCGAUCAUCCGAUGAAGGAGCGGCGGGCGGCCAUGAACUCCAGCAACGCCCUCGCAAGUCUGACGAAGGUCAGGGCGGAGCCGUCAAACAGGCACACCCUGCUAGGCCACGCCCACAUGAAAGAGGCCAUCGGUCGUCAUAGCAACAUGAAGUACAGAAAUCUGGGGAAGUCUGGACUGAGAGUUUCCUGCCUGGGACUGGGAACAUGGGUGACAUUUGGCUCUCAGAUCUCUGAUGAGAUGGCGGAGAGUGUGCUGACGGUGGCCUACGACAGUGGAGUGAACUUGUUCGACACAGCAGAGGUCUACGCCUCGGGGAGGGCCGAGACGACUCUGGGAAACAUCCUGAAGAAGAAAGGAUGGAGGAGGUCGAGUUACGUGGUCACCACAAAGAUCUACUGGGGCGGACAGGCGGAGACAGAGCGAGGGUUGUCACGGAAACACAUCAUCGAAGGUCUGCGUGGAUCUCUGUCCAGGUUACAGCUGGACUAUGUGGACAUCGUCUUUGCUAACAGGAGUGACAUCAAUGCACCGAUGGAGGAGGUGGUCCGAGCGAUGACCUUUGUGAUCGAUCAGGGGAUGGCCAUGUACUGGGGAACGUCCCGCUGGAACGCUGUGGAGAUCAUGGAGGCGUACUCUAUAGCUCGUCAGUUUAAUCUGGUUCCUCCGGUGUGUGAGCAGGCAGAGUAUCAUUACUUCCAGAGAGACAAAGUGGAACUCCACCUGCCAGAGCUCUACCACAAGAUAGGCGUCGGAGCCAUGACCUGGUCCCCGUUAGCCUGCGGCCUGCUGACAGGGAAGUACAACGAGGGAGUCCCUGAGAGCUCCAGAGCUGGCCUGAAGGGCUACGCGUGGCUGAAGGAGCGUCUCUGCAGCGAUGAAGGGAAGAAGCAGCUCAGUAAAAUCAAAGAGCUCCACCUGCUGGCCAACAAACUGAAGUGCACGGCUGCUCAGCUGGCUAUAGCGUGGUGUCUCCGCAGUGAGGGAGUCAGCUCGGUUCUGCUCGGGGUGUCAAACACAGAUCAGCUGUUGGAGAACCUCGGUUCUAUCAGGGUUCUCACUCAGCUGACUCCGCCCCUCGUUGCUGAGAUGGACGCGUUGCUCGGCAACAAGCCUCGAGACGGCAAGAAGGAGGCAAGGAGCUGAGGAGGAGAAAAGAAGGAAGGAAGGAAGGAAGGAAAAAAAAAAAGUUGAACAAUCAAACCCUCAGAGAAAUGAGAAAAACAAGAUGGCCGACUGGAAGGACCAACUCUGAGGAGCAAUAAUCGUAUUUAUUCUUCAGACGUCGUCGUCGUCGUGGAGACCAGCUCCUGCACACGCUCAGAAAUAUAUCAGAAGUAUUUAUUCUUAUAAUAACCUGAAGACGCUCGGCCUCGUUCCGCAGCUGUCACCACGGCAACAGCUGGACAUCUGCAGUCUUUAAUCAUCACUUAUGUUUGAUUUGAUUUUGGCAAUCAUGGGCUUCCGUACUUUAUGCACUUGUGAUUUUAUAUCAAAGUACGAGUCCUCUUUGACCUGUGAGACCCGGCCGGUCUUCUUUAAAGGGUUAAACACAAAUGAAACGCUCUGCAUAUUGAGUCUAAAGGUAAUGACUCCACAUCACAACAUUGAGCUUUUCA